UACUCCGCGCAGGCGGCGGCUGUUGGGGCAGUCCCGCUGGUUGCAGAGCGUGCAGGGAUGCAUCGGGUGUCUGCGACCCUCCGCGGCAGGGCAAGGCCGAAAGGCCGCUCGGGGGACGGCACGCCAAGCCCGGGGAACAGUACAGGCACAUGUAUCCAAGUGCAGCCGCCCUCCAGGGGUACCCUCCAAGUCCUACGUGGUGAUGGCACUUCUGUGGGGACUGUCAUUGUGUUCCACUGCCCUACAGGCCACCAGAUGGUGGGAUCCGGCCUCCUCACCUGUGCCUGGAAGGGGAGUGUUGCUGAAUGGUCAUCAGGGACCCCUGUGUGCAAGUCCAUGAUGCCCCAUGAGACCUUCGGCUUUAAGGUGGCUGUAAUCGCCUCCAUCGUCAGCUGUGCUAUCAUCCUGCUCAUGUCCAUGGCCUUCCUCACCUGCUGCCUCUUGAAGUGCAUGAAGAGGAGUGAGCGGCGGCACUUUGACAGGACGGCCCAGCUGUGGUUCCAGCUGAGAGGUGAAGACUUGGAGACAGUGCAGGCUGCCUACCUGAGCCUCAAGGGCCUGAAUAACAACUCCAGUGGUGGUGGCGAGUCCAGGAGCCAGCCUGGCCAGUCACACGACAACCACAGCUUCAUCACAGACCGUGGCGAGUGCACCAGAGAGCUGGCUGGCGUGGCUACAGCAUGGACAACAACCCCUGGACUCUCAGCACCCCCGCCUAUUCACCCUGGGCCCAGAUGAUGGUGCAUACAGAGGACCCAGGGCAGACCCUGCCUGCCCCCAGGCCCACCUUGUGAAUGCCUAGAGAGCCUACAACCUAUGUCCCAAGGUGACUGAGGCCCAGGCCAGAGCCGCCCUCCACACGAGGAGGACUGGGGCAACCCCACCAGCCAGCCACCUACAACUCGACAUGUGUCCAGCUCAAGAUUAGUCAGUGAAGUCAGCUUCUGGAUUUAGGGAUCCCUCAGGGCACCAUCCUGAUUUCAAAGUCUGGGGAGGGACCCCAGUGAGGAGUGUCCUGUCCUGGGGAGCCCAGCUGUAGCAGUUUUUAUAGAUAGCCUUCCUUGUAACCACUGCUGAGGUUCACAGACCCAGCUGCAGCCCCUCUCUGACUGAGUGCCUUCAAAAAGACUAUAGACGUUUUAAGCACAUUAGUUUUGCAUAGCAGAAGAAGAGAGCGCCAACUUCUCAGCAAUCACAGUAAUGCAUCUUCUUCCACAGAGGGCUGCCUGUAAGCAGGGACCCAGCUGGAUGCUGCAUUCAUUAUCUGUAAUGUGUGAGGGGUGUGAAAUAAUUGUAAUACUGAAAAAUGAAAAGAUAAAAAUCACUGGCUCAAUUUUCAAUCCCUGUAUAACAAAAUCCCAAGCGUAGUGGCCUAAAACUACAGUCCCUUUUUAUUACCACUAGGGGCUCUGGGCAGCCAGGGCUCAGCUGGGCAGGUCUCAUGGGGAGUGUCCCAUGGUGGCUGCAGUCAGCUGGUAGCAUAUGGAAAGCUGGCUGGCUCACACGUGGGGUUGCUGCUGGCUGUUGGCAGAGCAUGGGGUAAUGGUACCUUCAAUGGCCUGGGCCUCCUCACACCAUGGUGGUUGGUUUCCACGGUGAGAGUCCUGAUUGCAAGCCUUGCUUUUCAGGGCCUGGGAAGUCAUGCUGGGUCACUGCUGCUCAACAUGGGAGCAGUUGGACUCCACUUUUAGGUAGAGGGAGCAUCAGGCAGGUGGGCACCUUUAGAGCCAUCACAAUCCUCUAACCUGUCACUUGUCAAAGCAGCAGAGCCCAUGCCUAUCCUGGUCCAGUUAAAAUCUGACCUCCAGUCUCCUGCGAUUCAGGGUGUGACCUGUCUGGCCAUUGAGGGAACUCCAGACCUUCCCUAACUCCUGCCACUGAUUAGAACUGACUCUCAGAGCGGCCCUCAAGAGGCUACUGCCUGGAGGCCCUGCAGCCAUAUUGCGGCCAUGAGGAGGGGAUCCUGAUGACCUGAAGCCACUCUUGUGUUUUCCAUCACUUAAAACACAUUCUAAUACAGGCUACACAGAG